CUCAGAGAAAACGGAAGCAGAUCAACGACAGACACAGACGGUUAAAAGAGACGGACAGGUGUGUGAGACGGCAGCAGAGACCCUGCAGGUGUGUGUGAGCACUAUAAAUACACAGAGUGUGUACUAGUACUCGGGGAGUGUACUCAGAGCGAUGGACGGGGUGAGUGAGGACGACCUCUGCUGGCUGCAGCUGGACGACUUCAGGAUGCUGCUCAUCAAAACCAUCGAGCCCUCCAGGAUCACCCCGUACCUCCGCCAGUGCCAGGUGAUCGGCGCUGAUGAUGAGGAGCAGCUCUUCAACGACCCCGCCCUCGUCAUCAGGAGUAGAAAAGCCGGAGCCCUGCUGGACAUCCUGCAGAGGACCGGGGUCAAAGGUUACACAGCCUUCCUGGAAAGUCUGGAGCUGGAUUAUCCUCAACUGUACAGCCGCAUCACCGGGAAGGAGCCCAACAGGACCUUCAGCAUCCUCAUUGACACAGCAGGUGAAUCAGGUCUGACUCAGUUCUUGAUGUCGGAGCUGAGCCGCAUGCAGAGGGCGCUGCAGGACGAGAGGAGGCGUCGCCAGCAGGCCUGCUCCCUCGCCAAGGAACAGGAGGUUUGGUCUCGGCAGCAGCAGCUGAGGGACCGCGAGCUGAAGAAGCUGACUGAGCGCGUGCAGAAAGUUCGGGAGGAGCGGGACCGGCUGAAUGAGGAGGUGAAACAGUUCAGAGAUCACAACUACAGUCUGAUGGCGGACAUCAACGCUCUGAGCCAGGAGAAGAGCAACGCCCUGCUGGCCAACAGGGACCUGCAGAUAGAGGUGGAGCGUCUGAAACACACGGUGCAGCGAGCUGAAAGUCAGACUCGCCUGCUGAGAUGCCGAACACUGAGGCAGCUGCAGAAGAGCAGGGGUGUGGCUCUGCCCACAGAGACCUUCUUCCACCCCAACAGAGCGGAGGAGCAGAAAGAGGAGGAGCAGGAGGAGAAAAAGGAGGAGGAGAAGGAGAAAAAGGAGGAGAAGGAGAAAAAGGAGGAGAAGCAGCAGCAGCAGGACAGUCCAGCUCCUCCUCAGAUGAACCUCCUCACUACAGUGUUCAGACUGAGGACAGACCUCCACAGAGCCGAGGAGAAGAGAGCCAGGAGCCUGGAGGAGAAGGAGGAGCUGCAGCUGCGCUGCGCUCAGCUGAAGGAGGACGUCAGGAUAUACCGACAACGAAACAAACAAACCCUCAGACACCUGGAGGAGGUGACCGGGGAGCGGGACAAGGCUGUGUCGUUGCAGUCGGAGAAGCAUGAGGAGGUGCGGCUGCUCCUGCAGGAGAAGGACCAGUACAGAGAGCUGGUCAGACAGCUCACUGAGAAAUUUGAUAGGCUGGAGCUCAUGCUGCUGAGGUCACAGGGGGAGGAGCUACAGUUGAGGACACGCCUCCGCAGGCUCACCUGUAAAACUCACCAGUGUGACAGGAGCAGUGAGGAAGAGGAGGAGCCCGCAGACAACGCCGAUAAAGGCAGCAGCGAGGAGGUGCGCAGUGGGAUGUCGGGGGAGAACGAGGAGGCGGCGGCCCCGCAGGAGAACAGCUCAACACCGGGAGGAGCCACAGAGUCUAAACAGAAGCCCAGGACUGCUGCAUCAUGGGAGACGGGGACAGACGAGUCCAGAUUUCAACCACACUUCUUUUACCGCAGGAAGCGUGCCGUCAGGUCGAAGCUCUGCUGCAAAGAGUACCCCGCCGGUAACCUGGACGACAGCAGCAUCAGCGACAUGAGCGACUCGGACUGAACUUGGUUCUGUCAGAUCUUUCUGUUAGUGAAGAUGUUGAUUUGGUUUCUGAACAUUUUGAAUAAAGUUCGUCUGCUUCA